GAAAAAAAUUUUCUAUUGGAAUGGGAUAACGUCUUACUGCUUUACUGGCGCCGCUAGUAGCGCUGACAACAAUCUUCCUGAGUUAUAAUAAUUUUAUUGUUUCUUAAAUAUAAUUAACAAUUGCAGAUUAAACCUAAGGAUAGGAAAUAAACGGCUUACGAUCCUAAUGUUGACCCCAAAACAAAAAACUACUUGUAUAAAUAAACAUUUGUUAUCAACAAGGAGGUUUCAACGUUUGAAGCCAUAAUGAAUACCCCCAAACUGGGGUGAUAAUAUAAUAAUACAAAUGAAACAAUUAAUAAUGUAAAUAGGCGAUGGCCAAAAUUAAAUCUUACGUGUUCAAGAUAGCGUCGUCGAUAAUUCUUCUUUUUCUACUCUGCGAAUUUAUAAUUUACUACGUUGUUUUGCUUCAGUGUCGAUGGCCCGAUUUGGACGAAAAACGAGCGGACGAUUCGAUCAGAAACGACGGAAAGGAGCUGAAAGCGCUUCUGCUGGCUGACACGCAUUUGUUAGGGCCGAGGAGAGGACACUGGCUCGACAAGUUGAGGAGGGAAUGGCAAAUGUAUAGAACAUUUCAAACUGCAAUGACCAUACACAGGCCUGAUGUAGUAUUUAUUUUAGGAGAUAUUUUUGAUGAAGGCUUGUGGUGCAGUGAUGCCGAAUUCAAAACUUAUGUAGAGAGGUUCAAGUCAUUGUUUUACGUUCCAACAGGGACCAAGCUAUACGUUGUAGUAGGAAAUCACGAUAUCGGAUUUCAUUAUGGGAUUAGCCCUUAUCUGCAUAAACGAUUCACAGAUGCAUUCAAUGCCCCUUCAGUACGAAUGCUGACAAUAGAGGGAAACCAUUUUGUCUUGAUCAACAGCAUGGCUAUGGAGGGUGACAGGUGUUUUCUAUGUAGGCCGGCUGAAAUUCAAAUAGGAAAUAUUGCCAAAAAGUUAAAGUGUGCCAGAGGUUCAGGCCCUUGCCCAAAAUCAGUUGACAUUAAGCAGUACAGCAGACCUAUUUUACUUCAGCACUUCCCACUUUAUAGAGAAUCUGAUGAGGGGUGCAACGAAAUUGAUGAAGCACCUGAGGAUGAAAAAAGGCAGAAAUUUAGAGAAAGAUGGGAAUGCCUUUCUAAAGAGUCAUCUUACAUGCUUUUAGAAACAUUAAAUCCCCGCUUAGUCAUAACAGGGCACACCCAUCACGGCUGCAGAAGGUACCAUGAUGGGUAUGACACUCAUGAGUUUACAAUUCCUUCCUUUAGCUGGAGAAAUAAAGACAACCCUUCUUUUAUGUUGUUGGUCAUCACGCCAAACAAUUAUUCAAUUGAGAAGUGCCACAUGCCGAAGGAGUCAACGGUUAUCUUUUUAUAUUGUGUCGGCUUCCUUUCCAUCAUAGUGUAUGCAGCUCUUUCGUAUAAAAGGAUAUGCCGAAGGAAUAGGAUUUUCAAAAUGCAUUAAAGUAAGAUUUUCAAAAACUUUCCAGGGUAUUUUCAAAAAUUUGUGCUUUUUAUUUUCAUAAAGUAUCACAGCUGAAACUACAUUGUUACUAUAUUCAUUAAUUUAUGUUACUAUAAUUCAUAUUAUAAACAUCUUUCAUUUUCUUUUUAUAAUUUAAACUUAAUAUUAGAAAGAAACAACAUUAAUUCUCCAAGUUGUAUAAAAUUUAUUAAAUUGUGAGAUUUCUUCUUGCGAUCUAUAGGGUGAUGGCUUAUAACUUAGUCAUUUCAAGUUAUUUUCAUUACAUUAGAAACCCACCACUGAAGAUGGCGAAAGGUCAAAAUGCAUCUAACAGACAGCAAGGAUAGGCA